AAUGUUACCACUUCAUACUCCAUUCCUUCCUAUUAUCUCUCUAUUUCCCUUCUUUCUCAAUCAUGCUUCUUCAUCACUUCUUCUUCUUCUUCUUCUUCCUCUUCACUUCCCAUCUCCCAUCUUCAUUCUCUGCUCACUGUACUACAACUACUGCCACAAAAACCUUUCAAAAAUGCAUGACACUCCCUACUCAACAAGCCUCCAUUGCUUGGACCUUUCAUGCCCACAACGCCACGCUCGACCUCUGUUUCUUCGGCACCUUCAUUUCCCCUUCCGGUUGGGUUGGAUGGGGAAUCAACCCCAAUUCCCCUGAAAUGACCGGCACUAGAGCUCUCGUCGCCUUUCCCGAUCCAAACUCCGGCCAAUUAGUACUCCUCCCUUACAUUUUAGAUCCUACUGUAAAGCUCCAGAAAACCCCAUUGCUUUCUCGUCCCCUCGACAUCCACCUCAUCUCCUCCUCCGCCACACUCUACGGCGGCAAAAUGGCUACCAUACACAAUGGCGCUUCCGUCCAAAUUUACGCCACCUUAAAACUCGUAUCCAACAAGACCAAAAUCCAUCAUGUAUGGAACAGGGGGCUUUACGUCCAAGGCUACUCCCCAACUAUCCAUCCCACAACAGCCAACGACCUUUCCUCCAUCGCUACUUUUGAUGUCAUGUCCGGCUCACCUGCAGCCCAACACAGCAACAUCAAGAUAUUGAAGACCGUACAUGGAAUCAUAAACGCCGUUUCAUGGGGUAUUCUGCUCCCGACCGGAGCCGUCAUGGCUCGCUACUUGCGCCACAUCCAAGCACUAGGCCCCGCAUGGUUCUACGCUCAUGCAGGAUGCCAACUCUCUGCUUUCAUCUUAGGAACUGUGGGGUUCGUCAUCGGGAUCAGACUAGGUGAAAUGUCGCCGGGAGUGAUUUACGGGCUGCAUAGGAAACUCGGGUUCGCGGCAUUUUCGUUGGCGGCGCUACAGACGCUGGCGCUGUUGUUUCGGCCGAAGACAACGAACAAGUUCAGGAAGUACUGGAAAUCGUACCACCAUUUUGUUGGGUACGCUUGUGUGGUGCUGGGGGUUGUGAAUGUGUUUCAGGGAUUUGAAGUGAUGGGUGCGGGAACAUCUUAUGCUAAGCUGGGAUACAGUUUGUGCCUGUCGACAUUGGUUGGUGUUGGGGUGAGUCUGGAGGUGAAUUCAUGGGUGAUUUUUUGUAGGAAAUCCAAGGAAGAAAAGAUGAGGAGGGAGGGAUUGAUUGGAAGUUCUGAUAAAGGAAGUGGAAUUCAGAGUUUAUCAUGAGAAGGAGAUCAAUUCUCCAAGAUGUGAUUGUUUCCUUUCUGGGUCGUAAAACUGGGAGGACGAUGGAUACUCAUCAGUUAGUGAAUUUUUGGGGAUUCUUUUAUGUCGUAGAAUAUCAUUUAUAUAUUUUCAUCAAGAAAGAACAUCAUCUAUAUAUAUAUAUAUACACAUAUUUUCCGUUGCUUGCGA